AUGGGACUCUUUGCCUAUGCCAGCUUAUGCCUUUUUGCUCUGCUCUCCCGUCCUUUUCCAGGAGCUGAAGCCGCCUCCUGUGCCAGAGGCUGGCUGCAAAAUCAGGGGAACUGCUAUGCUUAUUUUGACACCAAGAUGACAUGGUCAGAAGCUGAGAUUGAAUGCCAGAGCUAUGGCCGAGGGGCCCAUCUUGCCUCUGUUCUCAGCAAGGCAGAGUCAGCUCUCAUCGCCCAACACAUCUCCACUUACCAAAAGCAAAAGAGCUAUUAUGUCUGGAUUGGACUCAAUGAUCCUCUUCAGACCCGCAAAUGGAGAUGGUCUGACGAAUCAGUCUACAACUAUCAUGCCUGGAAAAGCUCGAAGCCAGACAACCAUGGCAAUAAUGAAUACUGUGUGGUGUUGGUUGAAAGCAAAAAUUUUAGAGAGUGGGAUGAUGUACCAUGCCACUUCUUGAAUGCCUACAUCUGCAAGUAUGAGCUCUAA